AUGACUAACACCGUGACACACCUCAACAGGCUUUCCACCUUUCGGUGUGCCUUUGCCUUCCCUCACAAACCUCGCCAAGUAGGCGCCGCCUGGAACCAAUCGCACAACAAAAUGUGCAUCGUCUACCACAUCACAUUCAGCGGUUGCACCCAUUCCGAUGGGCUCUUCGUGCGGUGCGCCGACCGGCAGCCCAACACCAGGGACUGCCCGCACGGUGAGCCAAGACAGGCCACCCACAUGCAGGACACCCCCUGCAACGAGUGCUCCCGUGUUCAGCUGGCGCGGGACCACAAGAUGGGACACCCGAAGUGGCAGCAGCAGCAGCAGCAGCAGCAGCAGCAGGAGAAGGAGCAUAAGCAGGAUGAGGAGGAGAAAUAA